AUCCGGAAGCCCAACCGGGUGAGCGGGCGUUUUCUCCGGAGGUGGCGGUGGGGCGGCAGCUGCAGCCUUCUCGGGUGGUCGGCGGGCGCCUCGGCCUCCAGGCAUGAGUGUCUCCGCGGAACCCCGCGCCUUCCUGCGGCGCUACCCCGAGCUCCCGGUGUGGGUGGUGGAGGAUCAUCAGGAGGUUCUGCCUUUCAUAUAUCGGGCCAUAGGAUCAAAGCAUCUUCCUGCCAGUAAUAUAAGUUUUUUACACUUCGACUCCCAUCCAGACCUCCUUAUUCCUGUGAAUAUGCCAGCAGACACUGUGUUUGAUAAGGACACACUGUUUGGAGAAUUAAGUAUUGAAAAUUGGAUUAUGCCUGCAGUUUAUGCUGGCCACUUUUCCCAUGUAAUGUGGCUUCAUCCCCCAUGGGCGCAGCAAGUCAGAGAGGGAAAGCACCAUUUUUUAGUAGGCAAAGAUACGUCUACCACAACAAUCAGGGUCACAAGUACAGAUCAUUACUUCCUAAGUGAUGGUCUCUUUGUACCUGAAGACCAGCUAGAGAACCAAAAACCAUUACAAUUGGAUGUAAUUAUGGUAAAGCCUCAUGAACUUUGUGCCAAUCAAGAAAAUGCUGCAGUGUCUUCUGCAAAGAAGCCCAAGCUAGCAUGGGAAGAUUCGGCAAACACUGCCUUCGCCCACUGUGACUCUUAUUCAGAAGGACUGGGAAAGGACACAGGAGCACAGAGCAUGGGCCAAGCUUGCCAAGAGCCGUCGUGUUCAUGCCCUUGUUCUUCUGAAGGUCAGCAGUGCCAGAUGACAGCCUGCACUCAGGAGAUUCUGGAAAUUUUGAAGAAAGGCAAUGCAUUUAUUUUAGAUAUUGACUUAGAUUUUUUUUCUGUCAAGAACCCCUUCAAAGAAAUGUUCACUCAGGAGGAAUACAAAAUCUUACAAGAGCUCUACCAAUUUAAAAAGCCUGCUAGCAACCUAACUGAGGAAGAUUUGGUAGAUACUGUUGAUACUCGAAUUCAUCAGUUAGAAGACUUAGAAGCAGCUUUUGCUGAUUUGUGUGAUGGUGAUGAUGAAGAAACUGUACAGAGAUGGGCUUCAAACCCUGGAAUGGAAUCACUGGUUCCACUUGUACAGAGUUUGAAAAAACGUAUGGAAGUGCCAGACUAUGAAAUGGUUCACCAAGCUGGUCUAACCUGUGAUUAUUCAGAACUUCCUCACCAUAUCAGCACAGAACAAGAAAUUGAGUAUCUUAUUCAGUCUGUGUAUUAUUUACUGAAAAAAUUACCAAAACCUACUCUUGUGACAAUUGCAAGGUCAAGUCUAGAUGAUUACUGUCCUUCUGAACAAGUUGAUCACAUUCAAGAAAAGGUCCUUAAAGUGCUGCACUCCCUCUAUGGAACCCUGAACACUCACCUGGUGUAUUCAGAAGAGUCUGCCCCAGCUUGAACAAAACACUAGGCUACUGCAUCUUGCUAUAGUAACCAGGUUUACAUUAACUUAUUUGUAAAUGAGUCUUCCAGAGAACAUUUUUAUACUAACUUGCAGUUGAAAUCUUUAGGAUAUUUUGAAUCUCCAAAUACCAUCAGUUGUUGAAUGAUGGUAAUUUUGUUUUGCUUUGCAUCAAGUCUACUAACUCCAGUGGGCAGUAUUAUUGCUUAACUGUCUUCCUUCUAUUAUUGUCUUUUUGUGAGGGUUUCUUACCCCUUUUCUCUGUAGGUCAGUUGGACUGUAUGAGAUUUGUUCAUGUGUUUAUUCAUUCAUCCAACUCCUGCAUAUUAAGCACUUAUGUGUGCCAGACAUUAUUACCUGUGCUGGAUGUAUGGAGAUAAAUAGAAUGAACAAAGCCCAGCCCUCCUCUGGGAGACCCAUGAGAAACAAAUUAUGGUUUGUAAACAGUGUUAAAAAGGAAAGGAUUAAAAAAAAAAAAAAGGAAAGGAUAACCACAAACAUGUCUUAGGCAUACUUAGUACUCAGGGUACCUGGCCUUAUAGGAAGGUAACAUUCUUAAAAGUUACUACCAAAAGAAAAACAAACCUUACCAGUCCAUAAAAAUACAAGAAAUUUACCUUUUUUGAGACAAGGUCUCACUGUGUAGAUCACUCCAGACUUGAACUCACUAGGUAGCCCAAGCUAGCCUUGAACUCAGGGCAAUCCUCCUGCCUGUCCUUGGGGUGCUGAGAUUAUAGGCUUGAACCACCAUGCCCAGCUUCCAGCAAUGCUUUUUGUUUUUUUGGGUUUUUUGGUACUGGGGAUCAACUUGGGUCCUUGCGCUUGCGUAGCAGGUGGCGAAACCACUGAGCUAAAUCCCCGGCCCCCAGCAAUGCUUUUACUAAAGAGACCCUGUUAAAUUAAUGUGACUAUCUUAGUUACUUUUCUCAUUGCUGAGAUAGAAUACCCAGCGUCCACACAUUAGAGGAGGAAAGGUUUAUUUCAGCUCACAGUUUGCAAAGGUGUUAGUCCAAAGUCUGCUGGCUUCAGGGCAGGGUGGCAUGACAGGGCAUUGCAGAGGAGAAACAGUCCAUGGUAGUCCAAAGCAGAGCAGGUAGGAGGUGGCAGCAGCAGCAGCAUCAGAUUUCCCUUUCCUUUUAUCCCAUUCAGGCUACAAGCCUUUUGGAUGGUGCCACCCACACCCUAGGUGGAGCUUCCGAUAUCCCCACCUAGAUCAAUGCAAAGUAGAUUUAGUUAUCACACACCCUAAUCCAGUGUCACACAACCAUGAUCCAGACACCUCCCAAAAGCCCCACCUAUGAGCACACAAGGCUUUGGGGGAACAUCUAGAUAUAAGCCAUAACAGUGACCAAACAAAAAUUUACUCUAUCUGUUGUUUUGUUUUGGCUUUUUGUUGGUUUGUAAUUGUUACUAAUUAGAAGAGUCCUUGGAGUUCUGCUUCCAAGUGACCAUUGUGGUUAUCAAGAAUAAUCCCUGAAUGCCACCUUAUUGGCAGUUUCAGUUGAUUUUUUUUAAGAUAAACCAGCUUUUUCUUUAAUUCUGAACCAGAUACAGUGUCACAUGCCUGUAAUCCCAUCUACUCAAGAGGCUGAGGCAGGAAGAUCACAGCAAGAUCCUUUCUCAAAAUAAAAAAGGAAGUGGGGAUAUAGCUCAGUAGGUUCAAUCCCCAGUAACACCCACACACACAAAAAAAACUUUUAAUACUGACCUAUGUAAAUACCUCCCACAUAACUGUCUUCCAUCAGCCUCCAUAUAAUGUAACUGAACACAGUGGGUUCACCCUUUGGCAAUUGCAAAGCCAAUAAGUACAACCAGGAGAUUAAAAAAUAAAGUGAAGGGCUGGGGAUUUAGCUCAGUGGCACUGUGCCUGCCUCACAAGCACAAGGUCAUGAGUUCAAUCCCCAGUACCAAAAAAAUAAAUAAAAUUUUAAGAAUAAAAUGAAGAAAACUUAUAGCAAGUAAGGAGAGCGUGAGGGAUAUUUUCCAGUGCAGUGGCCCUCCCCAAACAAAAACCGGGGAUUCUAUGGAAGAGACUUAUUCCUGUUCACACUGGAGACCCUUGUGACCUUGUGUAGAGGUAGGGGGAUAUUCCUCCCCAGCCCCGUCCCCAUACUGAGGAUUGCACCCAGAGCCUCAUGCAUGCCAAAUGAGAGCUAUACCGCUGAGCUAUAUCCCCAGCCGUGCGGCUGGUGUAUUCUUACGCAUGUCCACUUAAAGAUCAUGCUUCAUAUCUUGUGUGUUUGAAAAUGGGGGAUAAGAAUGCCUCCAGGGUGGAGGAUUUAGCAAACAGUAUGCUGAGCAAGAUUCACCCUUAGUCACCCAGAAGAGUGGGCAGUGAUUUGGGCUGGUUUAAAGCAAUCCUGUGAGUUCCUUGCCAUUAUCUCUGGGGAGCGUUAUCUGAAAAAAAACAACUUGAAGGGCCGGCAUGUGUUGUUCCCCCACUCGCACUGCCAACAGGUAUUUCACACUAUGAGUUCCUGCCUUACAGUUUAACAGCGUUAGUUAUGGAACUUCUUUUCUCUAGUUGCCAAAGCCCCUACCCCAGUAUGCCUUUUUUCAGUAACCAUUUUAACUACCUAUUCACUUCUCUUUGAAAGUGCGAGGUGACAUGGCAUGUAAAGAAAAAAGAAAACAACAUCCAUCCAUCUCAGCACAGCUUUUCAUUUGCAUGUAGCUUUCAGGCCUGCAGAGUUGCAUGUAGCCGAGAGCAUAGUGUGUUAUCCCGACUUGCACUUUGUGGCUCAUACUGUACUCAAGGAGACACUGCUAUUGCCACUCACUAGAUGGCACCAGGCCCCAUGUUUGAAAUGACUGUAAUUUGCAGUGAAUUUUUCUUGUCACCAAGUUGAUUUCCAAAGACUGAUAGUAUGAAUGCUUAUUUGUGUUGUGAAGAGCAGAACAAACUGAUUGACCUUUCCUCUUUUAUGAAACACUAUACCAGAAAGGUUAUGUUCUUAUAAAAUCAGAAUUGCAAAAUUGUGCUAUUUAUUUUUAAAUUUUGAAAAUUUCUGUUGAGUUCUAUAAAUAGGCAUUAUUUUUAUGAGUAAAUUAUUUUGUGUGUUAAAUUAAAAAGUGUGUUUUGAAGUUCUUUAAAAGACUUACAAUCAAACAAUAGCACUAGUGGUGUCCGAUCUCAGUGUGGAGGUCAUUGAUUUUUGAACUCUAAUGUGAUUCAUCAUGGUAAUUCAGGUUGAAUAAAUAGCAGCAGCUUCUUUUAUCAGAGACUCAGAUUUUUUAGGUCUCAUGUUUGUAAUUGUUUCCCUGAAGAAUUCAGUCCCUACUUAUUAAAUAAAACCAAAUUACCAAA